AUGGCCGACUCGUCCUUCCAACCGCUCGUCUGCGUCGUCGACUUUCACCACCUUCGAGGCCCCGAGAUCGAGCACUGGAUCGGCGCAGAAGGCAGCGACCCGACCGCCGAAAAUGACUGGCACCUCAUCCCCUACAUGGCCCUUCCCGACGGCGCCCACCAGUCGGACGAAGAGUUCAGCUACUUCAGUCUGGUGCGCAAAGCAAGAGCAGGCCAAGACGUCGAGCCCUCCACCGUCUUCGGGAUAAGCUGCAUGCACCAGAUCGAUAGCUCGCAGUUGCUGUUCCGACCUGAGGAUGUGACAAGGAGUGCGGUGCAGAAGGCCGUGCUUGCGAUCACGGAUAAGCCGCAGCACUUCAGUGCGUUGCGGGAGAAGCUGAGUGCCGUGACGAGGGCGUGGUUUGCGCAGAGGGAUUUCAGGGAUAUGGACAUUCUGCAGCGCUUUCAGGAGAGUCUGGCGAAGGAGGAUACUAGGCAUGAACAUGAGAGUGAUCAGUACUUUGGGCUAAGUCUGAGGGAGCUGCUUCAUACGUUCAGAUGGCAGAUCCUGAUCUUGUUGAAGUGCUUGUUGUUGCAGCAGAAGAUCCUGUUCUUCGGAUCCCAUUGCGAGCGAAUAUGUCAGGUCCAGUUCUCGCUCAUCUCGCUCAUACCGGGCCUGGUGCGAAGCCUGCAGGACUGUGCCGAUCCUGCAAUGGACAAGGAUGCCGAGACGAGGAAAAGGUCGGACUCUGUUCGUACCAGCGACCGGACUUCUCUGCUCGCAUUUGUUGGACUGCCACUUCAGCUGUUUGGGAAAGGAUCGUUGUUUGGACCAUACACGCCCCUGCAGCAGUUGGACAUGAUCACAGAUGCUGAGACGAAAAGCUACGUGGUUGGGAGCACGAACAGCUUGCUGCUGUCGCAGAAGGAGAAGUAUUGUGAUCUACUCGUGAACCUCGACGAGGACUCUGUUACGAUACUCAACCCAGCGCUGAAGCAGUCCCUGGCGCUGUCAGUGGCUGAUCGCCGGUGGAUCGACUUCCUAACGCAGAAUGUCAACGAUACCUGGGACGAGAACGAUCCGUCACGACCAAACACGCAUGGCUAUGCAGGAAGCGAAGAAUUUAUCAGGCUGCAGUUCGAGGAGUAUCUGAUAGCUCUACUGUCAGCUACGAAGUACCACCAGUACAUCAUCCUGCAUAAACACGGUGACCCGAAGACUUUGUUGGCGGAUGUGGAAGGCGACCCUUCACAUGAGUUUGCAAACCCAUUUGUGGAAGCGUGGCAGCGGACCGAGAACUACAAAUUGUGGAAUCGAACGACCGACAGCAUGCUCUUCGACAUUGUGGAGCCUCGACAUCCCAUGGCUGGCGGUUUGACAAUCGACGAUGUGCAACGACGACUUGCAGCACAAGUCGCUGACCUCCACUUAGACGAACGGUUCAGCCAGACCAAGGAAGUCGUCGGCAAAAGACUGGCCGAUGGUCGUGUGCAGGUCACGACCGCUUUCAACAAAGUCUGGGCAGACAUUGAGGUCAUGCGUGAAGCGCAGCGAAAGCGAGCGGAAGAAGCCAGAGCGGCAGCACCUGCGGAUGAAAAGGCUGCGCAAACUGGGUCAAGACCGAAUAUCCAGGCAGCGCAGGCCAGUGUUGCUGCAGCGAGCCAGAGAGCGGGUGCUUACUUGAGUUCAUGGGGAUCAUGGGCUUCUGAAAAGCGAAAGGGCGGUUGGGGACGCAAUACUGCAUAUGAGAACACCGCGCCGAACGAUCGUCCCAAAGUCACGACCGUCAGCGAGCUGAAAGUCGAUCAGAAGCCUGCAUCGUAA